AUGGACAUCUACGAUGAUUUGGACUUUGUAUAUUUAUCAAAUUGGGUUAUUAAAUUUUCAGAGGAAGAACAUGGUGAUUUCGAUAUUGUGCUGGAGGGAGUCAUUGGUAAAAAUAGUCUUUCGUUAAUAGAAAAAAAUUACUAUAGAACUGAUAGUGUGAUUAAAAUAUUAGAGCAUAACAUAAUUAUAUGUGAAAGAAAUGUAAAAAUUUUUUUAACAUCACAAAUUAAUGAACAAGAUAUGCUUGAUAUGGGGUUUACAAAAGAAUAUGUCUCUUGUUUUAAAUAUGGUUUUCCAACAAAUUGGAUAGAUUUAAUUGAAUUUAUUUAUGAUCGAAUAAAAAAUGAAGAUUAUUUACCACUACCAAAUGAAUUAUUAAAAGUUGCUAUAGAUAAUAUGAAAGAAUAUGAACCUUAUGAUUUUAAUGCUGUAAUAACUCUCGUUGAUUGGGAUGUAGAACUAAGUUUUUGUGGUGAAAAUGAUUUCAAUGUUAUUCUCAAGGGAACUAUCAAAGACUGUGAUAGUAAUAUUAAAAAUAUUGAAGUAUCAAUAAAUGACCGGGAAAGUAUAAAUUUAGUUUCUUGUAUUAAUAGAAAGUUAUACAAAUUAGAAUCAAAAAUAAAUUUUUAUCGAAUGAGAGAAAAUGGUUAUACAUUGGAGUUUAUUGAAUGCUUCAAAUAUGGAUUUCCUUCUAACUGGAUUGAAUUAUUUGAUGAAUUAUACAACCAAUAUAAAAUGUCUGUUAGAAAUGUUAUAAUACCACGUAAUUUAAUUAAUGAUGCUACUGAUGAGAUGGAAGAUUUUGAAUUAUUACAAAAAUCUCUUUCACAAAAGUUUCAAGAUGUAUCCAUGGAGUUAUCAGAGGAUGAGGAUAUUAAGCAUUUGCAUAUAUUAGAAACUAAAAGUGAAAAUGCAUUAGAAAAUUUUUCACCUUCUUCAUCAAAAGUAUCUACAUUUAAUCUCUUGGAUAAACAAAAUUCACAUCUAUACUCCGAAGUUAAUGUUUCUUCUGAUAAACAUGAUUCAAUACAUUCAUUACUAAAAAUACCUAUAGUAAUAUCCACGCCAAAGGUUGGUAACCAAGAGAAAUUAGUUUCAAAUAGUUUACCAUCUAUUAAUUUAUCUCCUAUAUUGUCAGUUUCAUCAAACAAAAACAUAAAACAACAAUGUGAAUCAGAAGAGGUUAUAACACCUGCUAUAUCUUUAUGUGAAAGUGGUAAUAAUAGUACACAACCUACUACUGACUUUUUUGCCUUAAGUCAUGAUCAUGAUCCUGUUUCUGAAGUUCGUAAACGAAGAGUUGGAAAGAGUGUAAAAAGAAAAAUUCAAAGUAGUCCUGAAGGAACACCAACAAAAAUUGAUACAACAAAAAAAAUCAAGAAGAAAUUCUCAAAGAAAAAACCUUUUAAAAAAAUAAGUAAAUUAUCAAUGUCAAUAGAAAAUGAAGAUGUUAUUGAUGACAUAAAUAAUACCACUAAUUUUCAGAAAUUAUUUGAUGCUUCAUUAGAUCUUGGUGACUUAGAAAAUAUUUCACGAGGAAGAUUUAGUUUUACUGAUGAUUCUGUUCUAGGAAUUUCGAUGUCAGAUGACAUCUUUAAAAAGCCUGAUAAUAGAAAUAAAAAUAUUGUUUUUUAUCUUCCUACUGGAAAGCAUGUUUCAAAAAAGAAAACGAAAAAGAAAGUUUCUGAAAAAAAGGCUUCUGAAGAUAAUCCUUUCGAUUUUGAAAAAUUAGUGUAUGAAGAAAUUGAAAAAAAUCAAGCUUUUGAAUUAGAAGAUUAUGAAGAAUUGGAGGAAACUUAA